GAGCGUUCCGUCAUCGCCGGCCAGCUAAAGUAGCCUACCUUGCCUUCGUGUUUACGCCUGCAGUCGCCCGCUGCACAGCACUUGCACUGUACGUCUAUGCCCUGAUCAGGAUCUGGCCCUCUCAUACACGUUCCCUUUUCGGACUGCGAAGCCACCCUCUGCAGAACGACCCCUGCCACUUUUCACCGACUGUAACACGCACCACGCCCCCUCGGGAUUCACACGCGUGAAGCCGAGCAGUGAUCAGCACUGACGGCUGGGCUGACACCACAUAUAAGAAAGUCGACCUCCAAGGCCCACCUGCCCUUCCAGCAUGGUAUGAUUGCAAGUCGUGUCCUUUCAUCAUGGCCGAAUCCACCUCCAUCGACGCGGCAACCCAGAACGGGCACGCACACGUACACGAGCCGCGAGCGCGCAAACCUACGCGCAUAGACUUUCUACGGCCGCGUCUGAGCGAUGAGGCAAUAGGCGCAAACGGUCAGAUCGAGGGCAAUGCCUCAGGUAUCUCUAGUGGACGUACCACGCCCAUCCCCGAAAAUGCUCCUCCAUCAGUCAAGGCAACCUCGUCGGCACGCCGCCAGGUUCGAGCUGAGCAAAAACGGCGCAUCUUCCCCACCAUCGAAUACGUCGAUCGCGUAUCGCAUUUCGAUCCAUCAAGCGACUACCGAGACUUUCGCGGGUUCUUUGUGCUGUUCUGGAUUGGGCUUGCCAUCAUGGUCAUAACCACUAUGCUGCGCCAUUACAAGGAGACGGGCUAUCCUCUGAGUAUCAGACAAUGGGACCUGUUCAGGGAGAAGGUGUAUGAACUAGGCGUCAUUGACGGACUCAUGGUGGGGUCGACCGCGCUCUCACUACCCAUGCACAAGUUCUUCAUGAACAGCAACGGCAUCUUCCGCUGGAGCAAGCUGGGCAUGGCGAUUCAGAGCAUAUACCAGGUCUUCUGGCUGGCUUUCUGGUGCACCUACCCCUUCAUCCGCGAUUGGAGCUGGACUGCCCAGGUCUUCUUCACGCUACAUUUGCUUGCCAUCUUUAUGAAGAUGCAUUCCUAUGCUUUCUACAAUGGCCAUCUCAGCGAAACUAGACGCAGGCUUUACGAUCUCGAUAACCCACAAAACGUAUCCAAGGCUGCAGCAUAUAGGUACCCCGCAGCGCGCACACAUCUUCAUGAGAUACCCCAAUCUCCCACGCACCAAAACAAAGAGGACUCGGAAAAAGAGCGAGUGGUGCAUCUUCGCGAGGAUCUUGCGCUUGAACUGACGUCUCCUCUCGGACAUGUGUCGUACCCUGAAAAUCUUACCAUCGCAAACUAUACGGAUUUCAUCUUCUGCCCUACAUUGUGUUACGAGUUGGAGUACCCUCGAACAGCAUCGACCCGCUGGUUGGAGCUCUUCUACAAGACACUGGCUGUGUUCGGGUGCAUUUUCCUCCUGACGAUUACGACUGAAGAGUUCAUUCUACCCGUUCUAGACGAAUCUGCCAUUGCGCUGCAAACGUCGACCAGUGCUUCGGAGUUUGCCUUGAUCCUCUCGGAGACGAUAGGACGUCUACUGUUUCCGUUCAUGGUCGCAUUCCUUCUUGUCUUCCUCGUGAUCUUUGAGUACAUACUCGGCGCCUUUGCAGAGAUUACGCGAUUCGCCGACCGUCAAUUCUUUGCAGACUGGUGGAACAGUUGCGACUGGCUGGAGUUCUCGCGAGAAUGGAACAAACCGGUGCACCACUUCUUCCGGCGACACGUCUAUUCAGCAUCGCGUGGUCACAUGUCGCGCCCACUUGCGACGACAAUAACCUUUUUCAUCAGCGCGCUCGCACACGAAUUAGUUAUGGGUUGCAUCACGCGGAAGUUCCGCGGCUACGGCUUCAUCGCGAUGAUGCUGCAAAUGCCCAUAGUGCUGGUGCAGCGGUCCAAAUGGGUGAAGGGCCGCACCCUUCUAAACAACGUGCUCUUCUGGUGCUCGAUGAUCCUCGGGCUUGCAAUGAUGUGUGCUCUCUAUGUUCUUGUAUAAUAGGUUUGGGACGGCCUUUGUCAAUGGCCCAGCUUUUGGUCAGCAGAAAUACCCUUUGUCAUCUAGAAAGCGCUGCGACGACCCUGCAACUACUAUUUGCCAUGCCAUGUGGCCUUAUACCCCUCUCGUUACUGCAGCUUAGAGUAG